AUGAAGCCAGUAAUAGUUGUGCAUGGCGGUGCAUGGGCCAUCCCGGAUGAUAUGGCUAAGGCAUCAGUGGAUGUGAAGUCUACAGCUACUGCAGGCUUUCUGGCUAUGAAGAGAGAAGGCAGUGCAUUGGAUGCUGUUGAGCUGUCUGUUAGGGCCUUAGAAGAUAACCCAACCUUUGAUGCAGACUCAGGGAGGCAAAGGUCGAGAGCCAUGCAUCCUCUGAAACACAACCCAACCAAGCCACACUGCUUCUUGACACAAUGCACAUCCAACCCAGAAGCCAGCCGCGCCAAUGUGUCAGAGGAAACACCAUGCACUCAGACCGACCACAUCAUGUUGACAGACGGAGGUGCAAACAUGUUUGCUGAAAGCGUUGGCAUACCUGCAGUCCCUACAAACACCCUGGUGACAGAAUGUGAGAGAGCGGAGAGGGAGAAGGCCAAGAAUUAUGCUGUUGAAGUGAAGGAGCUCUUCAACUCUCAAUGGUACUACCAGAAUAAUGGCUUGGUGUUGCACAUGCAACAUUACCAGAACAGUCUACAGCAACAGCUCCAACAGUAUCGUGGCCCCUACAUGGAGAAAGAGCUACAGCAUAUUCUGCAGAUUGACCGUGUUGAUCGGUCUGGUGGGUAUGCAGACAACCUGAGUUGGGCAGUAUCCUGUACUUGCCAUGGAGAGUCCAUCCUGAAAGUCACCCUAGCCAGACUCAUCCUCUUCCACGUAGAGCAAGGUAAAUGUGCUCCUGAGGCUGUAGAGGUCUCUUUGUGUUACAUGGGUGAUCGGAUACAGGGAGGAGGAGCUAUAUUAGUUUCCCGGACAGGGGAGUGGGCAGCCAAGUUCACCACAGAGCGAAUGGCCUGGGCAGCAGUGGAGAGAGAGGUUCUGUGGUAUGGUUUGAACCCAAAAGAAGAGUUCAAAGAGACACUAAGACAAUAACAGCUUAUUCUAUAUGUUGUUGGGGGAGGGGGG